CUGGGCUACAGGGCGGCGCACCACCUGCUGCAGGCCCAUGCUAAAGUCUGGCAUCUCUACAACGAUCAUUUUCGUCCGACUCAAAGAGGAAAAGUGUCCAUUGCCCUUAGCUCCCACUGGAUAAAACCUCAAAAUAUGACUGAAAAAAAUAUAAAAGAAUGCCAAAAAUCGCUUGAUUUUGUGCUUGGCUGGUUUGCUAAGCCCAUAUUUAUUGAUGGCGAGUAUCCAGAGAGCAUGAGGAGUAACCUGUCAUCUCUGCUGCCCGAAUUCAGUGAAGUUGAGAAGAAAUACAUCAAGGGAACAGCUGACUUCUUUGCUCUGUCAUUUGGAGCGACCCUGAGUUUCCAGCUCUUGGACUCUCACAUGAAAUUCCAGCAGUUGGAAUCAAUAAGCCUGAGACAGCUCCUUUACUGGAUAAGCAGUGAAUAUAACAACCCCAAAAUAUUCAUUGUGGAAAACAGCUGGUUUGUUUCUGGUAGCACCAAGAGAGAUGAUGCCAAAUAUAUUUAUUAUCUCAAAAAGUUCAUCAUGGAAACUUUAAAAGCCAUCCGGUAUGAUGGAGUUAAUGUGUUUGGAUACACAGUCUGGUCCCUGCUGGACGGCUUUGAAUGGCACAGGGGAUACAGCAUUCGACGUGGACUGUUUUAUGUUGAUUUUCAAAGCCAUGACAAGAAGCUGAUGCCAAAAUCUUCCGUCUUGUUCUAUCAAAAGCUGAUAGAGAAAAAUGGCUUCCCACCUUUGCCUGAAAACCAGCCCACAGAAGGGGUCUUUCCCUGUGGCUUUGCUUGGGGAGUUGUUGACAACUACAUCCAGGUAGACACGACACCUUCCCAGUUUCUUGACCCUAAUGUUUAUGUGUGGGAUGUUCAUCAGACGAAGCAGCUUAUUAAAGUGAAUGGGGUUUUUACCUCCAAACGCAAGCGGCACUGUGUUGACUUUGCUGCUAUCAGGUUCCAGAUCUCUCUUCUGCAGGAAAUGCAUGUCACACACUUCCAUUUUUCACUAAAAUGGUCUUUAAUUCUUCCUUUAGGUAACCUUUCUCUAAUCAAUCACACACUUGUACAUUAUUAUCAGUGUUUCGUUAGUGAACUUCUCAGAGUUAACAUAACUCCUGUUGUUGCAUUAUGGCAACCUAUGGCUGAGAAUCAAGAGCUUCCAGUUUCACUUGCCAAAUAUGGAGCCUGGGAAAACCCAGAAACUGUUCAGGCCUUUGUUGAAUAUGCCAAACUGUGUUUUACAAAUCUUGGGGACCAUGUGAAAUUUUGGAUCACAAUGAACGAACCCUCUGUGAAAAACCUGACAUACACUGCCGGGCACAAUCUGUUGAAAGCCCAUGCAAAAGCAUGGCAUCUUUAUGAUAAAGAAUUCAGACGAUCUCAGAAAGGUAAAAUAUCUAUAGCUCUGCAAGCUGACUGGGUAGAACCAGCUUGUCCCUUUUCCAAAAAUGACCAAGAAGUUGCUGACAGAAUUUUAGAAUUUGAUAUUGGCUGGCUUGCAGAGCCCAUCUUUGGGAAUGGUGACUACCCACGCAUGAUGAGAGGAUGGCUUCACCAAAGAAACAGUGUUGACCUGUAUAAUUUCCACUUGCCUUAUUUCUCAGAAGAAGAAAAGAAGUUAAUCCAAGGCUCAUUUGACUUUUUUGCCUUAAGUCACUACACUACUACCCUUGUGGGCUGGGAGAAAGAAGAUGCACUAAAAUAUGAUCACUAUCUUGAAGUUCAAAUGAUCAAUGACAUCACAUGGCUGCACUCUCCUGGGCGAGCUGCAGUGGUGCCCUGGGGAUUGCGUAAAUUGCUCAAGUGGGUUAAAUCAAAGUAUGGUGAUGUCCCAGUAUAUAUUAUGGCUAAUGGAAUUGACGAUGACCAGAAUAUGGUGUAUGAUAAGCUCAGAGUAUAUUACAUACAGAAUUACAUCAAUGAAGCUUUAAAAGCUUACACCCUGGAUAAUGUUAACCUACAAGGAUAUUUUGUGUAUUCUUUUAAUGACAAGACUGCUCCUAAAUAUGGUCUCUACAGUUAUGUUGCGAAUCAAUAUGAACCAAAGCCUUCUAUGAAACGUUACAGAGAAAUAAUUGACAAGAAUGGUUUUCCUAGACCUGAAACUCCUGAUGUAUUGUGCCCUGAAGAGAUUGUCUCGUGUCCCGAAUGCCACUUUUUCCGAACCAGAAAAUCAUUAUUAGCCUUUAUAGCUUUCAUAUUUGUUGCUUUUAUUGUUACUAUAUUCCUCAUUAGUUACUAUUCCAAAAGGGUAGAAAGACGGUAUAAAUAGAGCUGUCCAUCUAUAUACACUUACUACCUUUCUACUUGCAUCCCCUUGGAAAACCUGAAUAAUAGCACACAAUGUUGUGAUUGGCUUCAGCACGUGGAAGCCAAUAAUGCUGCCUGAAACUGCAGAACAUGGACAGUGAAAAAAAGAUGGUUAGCAUAUGGCCUACAGAAAUCAUUUUCUGUGGUUUAGUACGUUUGGUUUGUGACAAGUCCUUAAUUCCUGUGGUUGGAGUUACCU